CACUUGAUAUUUGGCCAGCCCCGUUGUGUCGGUCGUAGCAUCGAUCGAUGUCUCCAGGUAUCCGAUGUUCGCUGUGGGUGGUUCUGUGCUUAAUCGCGUUAUGCCAUGUCGACGCUCACCCCCAUCUCCGUCUGCCAGAGCAUGAUCCGAUCCCUGCGAUCAAAGGGCUGAUCUCGCGAACGUUGGGGCCGCAGUACAACUCCCAAAUUGAGGUGGUGGUAACUGCCAAGGACGAGCGCGAUCACGACGUAUCAUCCUUCGACGAGCACAACGGCCGCGUCCGAGUGUCGGGAUCAAGCGCUACAGCUAUCGGGUUUGCCCUGCACAAGUACCUGAAAGAUGUAGUCCAUACCCAAGCCGACUGGGACAACCACGCGCUGGUGGUUCCCGCCGUCCUUCCACUCCCUCCUUCGGCCGUGACGAUCGCAAAGAACACCAAGUUCACGUACUACCUCAACGUGGUCACGACGAGUUACUCGUUUUGGACGUGGGACUGGCCCCAGUGGGCAAAACACAUCGAUUGGAUGGCUCUCCAAGGCAUCAACCUGCCGCUGGCGUUCACUGGCCAAGAGAAGAUCUGGCUCGAGACGUUCAAGAAGUACAACGUGUCGACUGCUGGCAUGCAGCACUUCUUUGCCGGCGCGGCAUUCCAGGCGUGGGGGCGCAUGGGCAACGUCCGCGACAGCUGGGGGCCGUUCGGGCCCAUCCCCCUCGACUUUAUCGAGGACCAGUACCGCCUCCAACUGCGAAUCUUGGACCGCAUGAAGGAGUUCGGCAUGCUCCCGGCGCUACCCGCGUUUGCUGGCCACGUCCCCGCGGAGCUGGUGACGCUGUAUCCCCAUGCAAACGUGCGGCAGUCGUCUCAGUGGGCCAACUUUCCUGAGAAAUUCACGUGUGUCCACAUGCUAGAUCCCACGGAUCCGCUAUAUCUCGACAUUGGGCGCACGUUCAUCCAAGUGCAAACGCAGCUCUACGGCGGGUACACGUCCUCCGUGUACCAAACCGACACGUACAACGAGCUUCUGCCCCACACAUCCGACCCAGCGUACCUCCGCGCGUCGUCCAAGGCCGUGAUCGACAGCAUGUUGGCGGCUGAUCCGAACGCUGUGUGGAUCAUGCAGGGCUGGCUGUUUUACUUUAUGAAGGACUUCUGGACCAACGACAAGAUCGAAGCGUACCUUGGCGGCGUGGCCAACGACCGACUCAUAAUGCUGGACCUGUGGACCGAGUCGUUUCCAGUGUGGAGUCGCACGUCCAACUACUUUGGCAAGCCGUGGAUCUACUGCCUCCUGCACACGUUUGGGGGGAAUCUGGGGCUCCACGGGAACCUGCCCAAGCUUGCAACCAACCCGAUCACGUCGCUGGCAGCGAGCGACGGCCAUAUGAUUGGUCUGGGGCUGACCAUGGAGGGCAUUUUUCAAAACUACGUCGUGUACGACUUGGCUCUCGAGAUGGCGUGGCGCAGCACCCCCAUGCCGCUCGACAAGUGGGUUCAAGCGUACGUCCACCAACGGUACCACGUCGAAAACGAACAUGCAACGAAGGCGUGGGCGUUCUUGAAGACGUCCGUGUACCGUGACGAGGGGCUGGUGGACUCGGUGGCCACCACUCGGCCUCGGUGGCAGCUGGCCGUGAAUGAAACGGACGUGGACGGCAACCUGCUGCUGCCGAAGCGAGUGAGUUCGGACGCAGUGUCGGCGGCGUGGACUGAGCUCGUGUUGGCGGGUGCCGACAGUGUGGGCAAAGUCGACGCCUUUCAACACGACCUCGUCGACGUGACGCGCCAAGUGCUCAACAACGUCAUGGUGGAGUACUACACGGAGCUGGUGCAGCUGUACCUGAACCCGAAAACGUCUUCGUCUGUCGUGUGCUCGAAAGCAGACCAAAUCCUCGACCUCCUCCACGACAUGGACACGAUUCUGGCCACAAGUACGGCGUUUCUAUUGGGUCGGUGGAUCCGAGAUGCCAAGGCCCGCGGCACGCCCGCCACCGCCGGGUACUUUGAGUACCAAGCGCGCAACCAGCUCACGCGGUGGGGCGUCGGCACGUUGAACGACUACGCCAACAAGCAGUGGGCCGGACUCGUGGGCGAGUACUACGCCGGCCGAUGGCGCGUCUGGCUCAAGGCGGUGUGUGAUGCUCGUGAGGCGGGCAUCCCUACCGACGACGCCAAGAUCGACGGUCAAAUCAACGACUUUGAAGUGGCAUGGCAGACUCAAACGAAUGAGUUUCCGACAGACCCGGUGGGGGACUCUGUGGAAAUUGCCACGAAAUUGCACGCCAAGUACGGUACCAAGCAGCAUCGGGUCGUGGGCGUCCUCGAUCUCGGCAGUACUCUGGACGACUUGUAACGACUCGAAUAGACAGACUACGUACUGGGCAUGCGUUCAGGUUGGAUAUGGAUUGCCUGUCACAUGCUCUAGUAGAUAGAACGCAUGGUACUGCAUAUGUAGUGUAACUAGUAUAGGUUUUCAAGCUCAAGACUGCAGCAUAACAGGAGAAUCGCAUUCGUCACCACCCGUCGAUUGAGAUCGUCGUUGGCUGC